CUGCUCUCUUUCUCCUUCCCUCUCUUCCCUGACCCAGCUUUGGGGUUGAGCUUCCUAGGGCAGAGGCUGCUAGAUCCGGCCCAUCGGCGUCUAUGGAGAUGGAAAAGAGCUGGCACCUGGGAGGCUGAGGAAAACCAUGUUCAGCCUGGUGAAAAUAAGAAUAAAUGGUGCAGUGAGGAGACUGGAGCACAAAACAGAUUUGGCAAAAUGAUGUGUGUGUUUCUCUUUGGAACAUUCCCUCCCUCUGGGGGAAGAGAGACGAUUGUCACGGAGCCGGCUCAGGCCCCACCAUUCUCCUUUGAAGAGGUGGCUGUAUACUUCACUGAACAGGAGUGGGCUCUUUUGGAUGCAGAGCAGAGAGACCUGUACUGGGACGUCAUGCAAGAGAACUACGAGAACGUGGCAUCUUUGGCCAUUUCAAUUCCUAAACCUGAGGUGAUCUCCCGGUUGGAACGAGGCGAGGAGCCAUGCAUUCCAAAUCCUCAAUCUGCGGAGGGCAAGAAGAUCUCCAUAAACCUUUGUGAAGGGAAUGAGCUUUCCUUGAUUUCCCCCUCGAUCCCAGCAAGUGAGGUGAUUGUGCGGGAGAUCAAACAAGAGAUCUCAGAGACCGAUAUCUCAGAUCAAGUGGAACCCCGGUGGACUUUGUUGGCAGCACCCCCCGGGAGCACCCCCUUGAACUCUGAGAUGAGGCGUGGCCUGCAAAGGCAGUGGGAGGGCCAGCCGGGGCAUGUGUGGCGAGAACCAUCCAGGCACUUGCGGGCAGCUAAUUCGAAGAGGAGCAUGUUCCACGUGGGCCGGAAGAAAUUGAUGUGUCCCGAGUGUGACCGGUGGUUCCACUGCAAGUCCGAAUUUUUGCUGCACUGGCGGACUCAUACGGGGGAGAAGCCUUACGAGUGCCUGGCAUGUGGGAAGCGCUUCAUUCAGAGCUCCCAUCUAAGCGCUCACCGACGGAUUCAUACGGGAGAGAAGCCUUACGAAUGCCCCAAGUGCGGACGGAGCUUCAACCGGCGAUCCACCCUCACCGAACACCUGAGAAUUCACACGGGGGAGAAGCCUUACAAGUGCCUCCAAUGUGGGGAGAGUUUCCGGUGGCGUCCCUAUUUGACAAAACACCAGAGAAUCCACUUGGUGGGAAGUGCCACCUAUAAAGAUUUCAAGAAUGGAGAAGCCACAAUUGAGGCCUCAUCUCUUGGUGACCAACAGGAAAUCCUCACAGGUGGUGGCUCCAUGGAAAGUGGUGCUACAGAAGCUGAUCCUCAUCAUGAAGACUCUGAUUUGGCAAAGCAGCGUGAAGGGGUGAUACGUAAUGCCAAGAUGUCAGAUGUCAGGCAAAACUCGGAGGUUCCUCCACUAGUGAGGUCUAUAAAGACUGAAACAGUGUCUCUCCCAGAAGGAAAUGACGUGACCGAUGUCAGCCAACUCAAGAUUGUACAGGUUGAAAAGAAGCACGUGUGCCAGGAUUGUGGGAAAGCCUUCCAAUACAAGUUUGAACUGGUGAAACAUUACCGCACCCACACAGGGGAGAAGCCAUUUGAAUGUCUGGCGUGUGGGAAGAGGUUCUUCCAAAGUACCCACCUCAAUGCCCAUCUCCGGAUCCAUACGGGGGAGAAGCCCUACGAGUGCCCCAAGUGCGGACGGAGUUUCAACCGGCGCUCCACACUUACCGAACACCUGAGAAUCCACACGGGAGAGAAGCCUUACAAGUGCCUCCAGUGCGGGGAGAGUUUCCGGUGGCGUCCCUACCUGACAAAACACCAGAGAAUCCACCUGGGGGAUAACGUUUACAAGUAUUUCAACAAUGGAGAAAGCCUCUACGACAGCUCAUCCUUUCCUGAACAUCCAGAGGGAAUCCAUUCAGGUGACAACAUGGCAACUGAGCACACGGAGGUAAAUCCUCGGCAAAAAAGUCUUGAAGUGGAAGAACUGGAUGUGUUACCAGCCAGCUCCAAUGGGAAAAUAUCCAUAAAAACCAGAGUGAUAUCUGAUAAUGGACACAAAUCGUUUGAGCGUCCAAGAAAAGAAUGAUUGGUUACAAUGAAGUCACCCCCAACUUCCAAACCUCUUGUUUCAUCUUUGAAUGAUGAAUUUGUUGGAAAGGAGCCUUAUUUCAGAAGAUACUUGUCGCUGGUGCACAGUCUUGUCCAGAUGGGGCUAAAAGAGACUGCCAGAAGUCAAAGGCACCUUGGAAUGAUCUCUGUGAAAAGACUUAGAAGUCCAUUGGGUUUUAAAAAAAAAAUCUCUAGUAUUAAUGGUCACUUACUCAUCCGACUUGUAUGAAUCACGUGGAUCGCAGGGAAAGAUCCAUAACUAAAAUAUUAACAUUUUAAUAUUUUAACUUUUUUAAAACAAAAACAAAUUGUUUUUUUAAUUCAUGUGCAUGUUUUGUGUUAUCAUCCAGAAAUAGGCUAAUAUUGAUAAAAAAAAUUGCCAGAUGUCAUUAAUGUUGAGGCUGUGUGCAUCCUCGCACUGCACUGCAGAAGCAAACAAAUGAAUGCCUGGCACUGAAUUCAUAGCCUAACAAACACGGACUUGACAAGUUUCUGGCCUGCAAGCCUUUAAAACAGCAAGUUUGGGAAUUUGAUAAACCUGAGGAUUAAACCUGCUGCCAAGAAAUAAAGGUUCAGCAUCCUGGGCAGCCAUCUGCCAGUAAACGUAAAUAUAUAGAAAAACAGAAUUCAUUAUGCAAAAGAUGCAAAUAUAUGCAAAUGCACUCAUUUGCAUGCCACAUCCAGCUCACGGAAUUCAGCUAAGCUGCUGCAGUAAAUUGAUUUAUUUAAGGGCAGAGUAAACGCAUCCUGAUUUAUCAGGGUUCAAAUCAACCUCAGGACAUCUGAGGCUGUGAUGGUUUAGUCAAGUAAACCCAGCUUUAUUUCUCUUUCUCUCUACAGUUUUUCUGACAAAAGACCUGAUUCUUAUUAGGUUUCACAUGGUAAAAAGUUGGUUUUCAUGUCACCUUUUUGGUUUUUUCAGCAGAACUGCUUGUGGUUGACUUUUUUGUGUGAAUGCCCUUUUGCCUGUGGCGCUAUGACCAGCAUUAAGAAUGACCACUGUUCUAGAGAACAGUAGUAGUAUUUGGUUACCUCUUCACAAAAGUACAGUAGUCAUUCUCCGAUCUGCCCGGUGCAGGGACCUAUUUGGAAGAUGCGUUUGCCAUGAAGAAAUUAUGGCAAAAGUCACCUUCUGGUGAAUUGGCCCAGUCAGAAGGGGAUGAUGGGACAUGAGUGAUUGGGCCUUACAGUAUUUUGCAAUAGUAGACGACGUGUAAUAGAUUUUUUUCAGAAAAGAAAAAAUUUAACACUGAAUGCGAUAAACUCAGCAACAGUUGUAACAAAGUGCUCACAUUUUCUUGAUUUCUUCAUUUUUGCUGUUUGCACUUGUGUAUAUGAAUGUGUGCCAAUUUUAGAACUGGAGUUUAUUUGUAGCAGCCUGGGUCUAACCUUUUAAAACUCCCACAAAUUGUGACCUUUUCAGAUUUAUUUGGAUUCUGCCCUGGAAUUGGUUUGAGAUUGCCCCCACCGAUGCACCA